AUGUCAAGAUGAUGUGUGUAGGUUGACUUUAUCGAAUGGUGAGGCACGGCACGAAAGGCGCCAGGGUUGGCCUCGCGCACGUAGCACUCUUUUUGCUAAGCGCCGCAAGCCUUGCUCUUGCUAGCACUACGCAACAUGUUAGCCAGAACAAACACUUUGGCCACGCGCGGCAAGCGAAGGAGCUGCCCAAGCAAAAUCCUUCGCAUGCAUACGUCGCGGCCUGCGUGCUCGCUAAGAAUGAGCACCUUUACAUUCGGGAAUUCAUCCAAUAUCAUCAUUGGAUCGGCAUUGACAAAUUUUACGUGUGGGACCACCAGAGCAGCCCGCCGAUGGCCGACGUGCUCGAGGACUACGUCCUCUCCAGCCUCGUCGAGGUGUUCUAUUUUUCGGACUCGUGGAAGGCGGACGACGCGCACCACAGGUCCCUGUACAACACCUCCACCCGCGCUUUCCUGUCGCCCCAGGGCUGGGCAUAUGACAACUGCUUCCGCAUGUUCUCCUACCGCCACACCUUCAUGGUCCUCAUCGACCCAGAUGAGUACAUUAUCCUCAAACAGCAGCCGCUGCAGCAGCAGACCGCAGCGGCCAGUGCGACCGCCGGCGCGGACGCAAUAGCAGCAGUCCCAAACUUCGGGCCCGCGCCUGACCCGCCCAGCCUGCCUGCCUUCCUGGCUGCAUUUGAGCCGUACGGCGGCAUUUUGGUGCACUGGCAGCUGUUUGGUCCCAGUGGCCACAUGCGGCGGCCGCGCGGCAGCACACUGGAGCAGUACACGCAAUGCCAGCCCAAGCCGGCGCUGCAGAACUGGCGGCAGUUCAACUCGAUACCGCUGGGCUUUGUCAAGAGCAUCACAGCCACACGGUGCUACCAGCGCGGCUGCAACCCACACGUGUGCGAGCUCAAGCCGGGAUGCAGAUACGUCAACGAAAAGUUCCUGGAGCUGUCCUCCUCUGUGGUCAAGGCGGUGCACUGGGACCGCAUCGCCGUCUUCCACUACGUCACGCGCAGUGCCGAGGACUACAAGGCCAAGAUGGGUCGCGGCACGGGCCACUCGCAAUUCCUGGCCGCCAACAAGGCUGCCGGCCGCACCCACCGCGGCUGGCGCUACUUCCUCACCGUCAACGCCUCCGCCACCGCCACCUGCGUGGAGGGCCGCGACGCAUGGCAGCGCUGCUGCAGCGCAAGGAAUGGCGGCGGCGGCGCGGCAGCAGCGGGAGCGGGGGUGGGGUUGGUGGCAGGGGCAGGCGUGGGGGCGGGAGCGGCAGUGGCGGGCGCAGGAGGAGGGGCAGCAGGGGUAGUAGGGGGCGCCGCGGUCGCCGCGGGUGCGGGCGUUGGCGAUGGCGGGGGCAGCGUGGGCGCAGCGAACGCGGUUGUAGGGAAAGUAUCAGGCAUGGCAGGAGGGGCAAGUGGGACGGUGGGCCUAGGGAUAGGAGGCGGCGUCAGCGGCGGCGCUGGGGCUGGGGCCACAGCAAGAGCGGAAUCGGAGAGUGUAGGGACAGGAUCUAAAGGUGCGGAGGCUGGUGGAGCCGCCGGUGCUGGUGGUGCUAGUACCCGUGCCGCGGCGCAGGGUGCUGCGGCGGUGGACGAUGGGUUACAGGUCGGGACGCGGACAAUCCUGGAGUGAUAAGCAGUCUUGACUCAUCAACGGGACGGACAGACGGGCCCUCAGGUGACCUGGACGAUAGCUUGGAUGACCGGAACGGAUGAAAGCUUGAACGCCUUGAAGGUGACUGAGUACGACCAAUGCCUGCU